UUCCAGCUGGUUUUACACGUCCAUUUCCUUAAUAUUGCUACUCCCGUCAUUGCCUUAUAACUACUUAACAUGCACAAGCUUUGAAUUGAGCAUCGCGGAAUUUCCUCUUGGAAGGUGUAUCUGCGAACGUCGCAACUUUCCCUCAGCUUUCGGGCACGCACAGCCCGCAACCUUUGUGCUUCUGAGGGAGAUUUAGGCACUCUUAGCGGCGCCAAUGUCGUCGGCGACCGCAGCGCGUAGGCGACGGCCUGUGGCGGAGCAGGCGCAGGAGGAAGAGGACUGGACAAUUGACGACUGGAGCUGGGAUGCACGGGCUAUGACAGCGCGCAAGAAGGCACGCACAGAUGAAACGGCCAACAUUUCGGGUGUGCUGGCCGCGAGCACGACCAUCAUCGUCGCUCGCGUUGGGCCUACCGUGGCGAACCCGAAGUUUUCAAACCUGCCAAUUUACAACACGCUCAAGAAACUGGAUGAUGCACCCAGCAACCCCACAUGUGUGGUUGAGGGUUGCGGCGUCAGCCUAAAUGGGCUAAAGCGCUACUUCACCCGCCUCCGCAUUUGUGAAGCCCACCUGGCCUGCCCCCAAAUUGUGGUGGACGGCGUGCUGAGCCGCUUCUGCCAGCAGUGCGGCCGCUUCCAGCCGCUGGACGAGUUCACCGGCAAGAAGAAGAGCUGCACUGCCCGGCUGGAGAAGGUGAAUGCUCGGCACCGCGAGAAGGCCGCUGCCAAGCAGGGCACCCGCCGGCCCGACCCCACGCCCGGGCCCGCGCCGCCGCAGUGGGAGGAUGGCGUGCCGCCCGAGGCCGUGGUGGUGCCGCAAGAGCUGCUGCCCAGCAACCUCGCCGUCGUGGGUGGCGGCCCCGUCGCCGGCGGCAGCAGCGGCGCAGCUGGCGUGCGUGGCGGCGUGCUGGGUGCCGCCACGAUGCCGAUGGCGGGAAAUGUGAAGCCGGAGCCGGCCUCGUCUUCGGGGCAGGCGGCGGGGGCCCGUGGCAGCUCCCCGGCCAUUAGCGGUCCAACGGGAGGCGCGGGCGUGGCAGACAUUGCCCGCGCGUCAUCGCUGGGCCACGGUGCCACCAGCUCCGUGGACGGCGUCGGCGCCGUUGGCGGUAUGGCGGGCAUGGGCAGCCUGCAGGGCGCUGCGAGCCUGCAGCCGGCUGCCCCUGCCGCGGUGUCCGCUGGCGGCGCGGCCGGCGGCAGCACCAGCAGCGGCGCGGUCCCGCUGAACAAGUCGGGCAGCUUCGGCGCCGCGGCCAGCAGCGGCGCGGGCAGCAGCGGCGCCGUGGCGGCUGCUGGCGAGGAAGCGUCAGUGGCGGCGCCGGGGCCGGCCAGCGGAAACGAGGGCGGGGGUGUUGUGUCCGUGCUGAAGCUGCAGCGGAUGGUCACGACCACCGGCCCCGGCAUUGUUUACUACAGCACCCGCCGGCCAACGCCGCCGGCGCCGCCCAAGCCGGCUCUUGACCCCGCUGCCUCCUCCGCCCCUGCCUCCGCUACCUCCGUUCCCAACCGCUCGCCCUCGACUGACAGCGAGCGCGCGCCUUCACCCGGCGCCGAGCCGCGCGUGGAGUACUGGAGCCUGGUCACGACGGCCAUCGCCAUCCGGCGGUCGAGCGGGGCCCCAGGCACCGCCUCUGGUGGCAGCCUGUCGCUUCCAGUCCCCCCACCUCCGGAGGAUGUGAAGCGCGCCCUGGCCGUCGCGCGCCCGCAGCUGUUCCAGCCUGUGGCCGUGGUGCCGGCAUCACUGCAGGCUGAGGGCGGGGGUAGCGGUGGCGGCUCGCCGCCGGGCUCUGUGGCGGGCUCUGGGAGCCAAUGCAACCUGGUGGGUAUGCAGGGUGAGAGCCGUCACAGUGUCGGCGCUGAGAGCAGUGGCGGCGUGGGCAGCGGCAGCAGCGGCAUGCCGCCGCGCGCGCAGGCGCCGACUGCCUACGUCGAGGCUGCGGCGCGGCCGUCUGGCUCGACGCACUCCGCGGCAAGCGGCGGCGGCGUCGGCCCCAGCGGCACCGCGGCCGCGCCCCCGUCGCCGCACGCCAGCCAGUCGACUGACGGCGCCGCUACCUCGGCAGCCGGCCGCGGCCACGCCAGCGGCGUCGUGGGCCCCGACGGCGACGUUACCGGUACCUUCGCCACCAGCCGUCCGUCAUCCCUGCCCAGCUCCAUCACACACGUGGCCGAGCGACUGAACACCAUCAUGUCUGAGCUGCAGCCACUGAUGCAGCAAGUGCAGCAGAUGGCGGCCGUCGAGGGCAGCACCGGCGCCGCCGGCCCGCUGGCGGUGCCGGGCGUGGCGGAGGGCGUGGUGGAUGCCAUGAACCGCGCGCAGUCGCUUGCGGCCAUGCUGCAGCAGCAGCAACAGCGCCAGGCGUCUGUGGAGCCGGCUCCGCUGCAGCAGGCGCCGAGCCACAUGCAGGUGCAGCAGCAGGCGCCGCCGCGCGGUCAGCCCGUCGCGGUGCAGUACACGCAGUCGCAGAGCCUGAGGUCGGUGCUCAUUCGCCGGCCUGCCGUACCACCGUCCCAGUCCGCUCAGCCGGCUCCCGCCUAUGUGGCGCACCCGGCGCCCCAGCAGCAAAUGCAAGCGAACGCACAGCUGCCGCCACAGUACAGCGGACAGGGCUACGCGGCGCCGUCCGUGCAGCUCCCGCCCGCAUCCUCCGGCAACUUCCCGCCCCACUCUGCGGCUCAGCAGGCCUACGCCAUGCCGUCGGCCCCGCAGCAGCAGUCGCGUCUGCAGCAAGCAUAUGGCAACGGUAACGGCCAUGUGUCCAUGCACGCCGCUAUCAGUCACGCCGCCGCGGCCGGCGCCCCCAUGUACGAUGCCGACUCGGACGAUGAGGACAUGCUGGCUGAGCUAUUCCAGGCUAUGGCCGAUGACCCCGACAUUGUCGUGGGCAAUGGCUUUGCGCAAGGCAACAGCUACGCUAACGGCAACGGCCACGACGCCACGGGCCAGCCGCAGCCGAUGCAGGUGCAGAUGCAGCACCAGCCGCAGCCGAUGCAGGCAUACUUCCACCGGCAGCAGCAGCAGAUGCCAUCGGCACAGCAGCAGCAGCAGCAGGUGCUGUACAGCCAGCAGGGCCCAGCACCGGCGGGUUACUCUGCUGCCCAGCAGCAGCAGCAGACCCAGUACGUCGCUGCGCAGCCGCCGCCGCAGCAGCAGCACUACCACAUGGACUCCCACCAACAGCAGCAGGUGCAGCAGCACCCGCAGAUGCAGGUGCAGCAGCACAUGCACAUGCAGCACCAGCAGCAGCAACAGCACCUGCAGCAACAGCAGCAGCGCCAGAUGCAGUACGCGGCGCUGCUGGACCAGCAGCAGCAGCAGAUGGCCGCCGCCGCCGAGGCGCACGCGCGCUCGCGCACCGUCGCCGUCGCCGCCCAGCAGGGCAUCGCCGUGCACCGCACCGCGCUCGCCAGCAUGCCCUACGGCGUCGGCGGCGCCGCCGCCGCGGGCGUGUGGCCGGGCAUGGCGCCCGCCUCCGCCGCCAGCAUGGGUGUUGUGGACAUGCCGGUGGAGAUGGACCGCGUCAGCAUUAAGGCCAUGAACAUGCAGCCCAACGAGCUGCCGGGCAACCUGCGCCAGGGCAUGGCGCGCUGGCUGCGCGGCGCCAACGCCGAGGCCGUCACCGCCACGCUGCGGCCAGGCUGCCUGCAGCUGGUGGUGGACGUGCACCGCCCGCUGGCUGCGGCCCGCGGCGGCGCCGACCUGGCCUCACUACUCAUUCCUGGGCACGACGCCGACCAGGCCGCCGCCGACGUGUUCAGGUUCAUGGGCCAGCGCCUGCGCGACACCUACGUGCAGGUGGGCAGCCAGGUGCUGCAGAUCCUGGUGGGCGAGGAUCCGGCUGUGGUGUCGUGGGAGCAGGCGGCCGAGAUCGGCGGCCUGGAGGGCGCCAAGCAGCCGCGACUUGCGGCCUGCAGCGCCGCCGCCGUGUGCGCGGGCGGCGCCGCCCGCCUGGCGCUGCUGGGCACCCACUUGAGCCAGGCCGGCGUCAACGUGUUUGCACGUCUGCGCGGCCGCGACCUGCCCGCCGCCACCUGCGAGGUCGAGGUCGAGGAGGAGGGCGCUGCCGGCGCGCCGCCGUCGACACCGCAGUCGCGCGACCGCCUGGGCAUGCAGGUGGAGGUGCCGGCGGCGGGCGUGGGCCUGAUGGUGGUGGAGGUGGGCGUGGGCCACCUGCUGGGCGGCUGGUGGCCGGUGCUGGUGCUGCCGCGCGGCCGUGAGGCGGCGGCGGCGGAGCUGACCGGCCUGCUGGGGCCGGGGGCGGCGUCCGCGGCGGUGGCGUCGACGGCUGCUCCGGCUGGGGCGCAGGAGGAGGGCGAGGAGAGUGGCGAGCGUCGCGCGGGCCGCGAGAUGCUCAACCGCAGGAUGAUUCUGGACCUGGGCCAGGUGCUGGACACCUGGGCGGCCAUCACCGCCGCGCAGACCGCCGCCGCUGCCGCCGCCGCCGCUGCCGAGGUCGCUGCUGUGGCCGCGGCUGCCGCCGCCGCCGAGGCUGAGGCCGAGGCGCUCAAUUCCCCGCUCUCGCCCGGCGGCGAGUCCAGCGCCGGAAGCGCCAGCAGCAACGUCAGCGACGGAGGCGCCCCCGGUGCCCUGGCCGGCCCACAGCGCAGCGCCUCGCCCGACUCGCCCGCUAUGGCCAGCGCCGCGGCGGCAGCUGCGGCGGGCGGCCUGGCUCGCACCAGCCGCAGCAGCGUGGCCACAGCCACCACCACCGUCAGUGCGGCGGGCGGCUGGGGCUUCACCGACGCCGGCGACUCGUUCAUGCUGUCAUCGGCCAUGUCGAGCACCCGCCUGACGGCCAGCCGCGUGUCCAACGCGCCAGGCGCUGCCAACCUGGCCCCGAUUGGCGAGAGGGGCCGCACUGGCUCCGGCUCGGCCUCGCCGCCGCCUGAGCACGCUGGCGGUGCCGCGUUGGUGCCGUCCGGCGGUCGCGCUGGCGGCGCUGCGCUUUCACCGGCAGCGGCUGCUGGCAUGGCGGCAGCUGGCCGUGCGGCGGCUCUGAGUGCGGCUGCGGCGGCGGCGGUUGCGUCCGGCCCCUCGGUCGCCAUGGUCCGGCAGUCGCUGUGCAAGACCUCCCGUCUGCUGCUGUUCUCCGUCGUCAGGGGCCUGCCGCGUCUGACCGAGCUGCUGCUGGACGCCGCCGCCAGCCUGGCUGCUGCUGCCGCCGCCACCACGCCCCACGUGGCGCCGGCGGCAGUGGGCGCCUCCGACCCCGCGCUGCUGCGUGAGACGCUGGUGGCCGCUGGUGUGGACCCGCAGGUGCUGCUGCCGCUGGCGGUCCUGGCCGGCAGCACGACCACCGUGGACGUGCUGACCUGCUUCGCGCAGGAGGUGCUGCGCGCGCCGCUGCGCCUGGACCUGCCCCAGGGCCCUGCCGGCAUGAGCCUGCUGCACCUCGCCGCGCUGAUGGACGACGGCGGCGCCAUGUCGCGCCACCUCAUCGCCACGCAGCCCUGGGCGCCAUGGGCCUGGAUCUGCCUCAGCUGGUGCCCGCCCGGCCUGGCAGAGAACAGCUCCACGCCGGCCGCGGCCGCUGCGGACGCCGCCGCCGCAAGCGCGGACGCCGAGGAGGGCGAUGCCGAGGCCGAGGCCGGCGCCAGCAGCGGCAGCAGCAGCAGUGCGCUGCGGCUGACGCCGGGCGCGCUGUCGCUGCUGCUGGGUCAGGAGGAGCCGCUGCGCCUGGCGGCGUCACUGCUGUCGUUACGUGACGGCGACGUCGUGGCGGGCGGCCCCGAGCGGGAGGCCGAGAUGGAGCAUGAGCGGCGGCAGUGGCAGCGGCAGACGCUGGCUACGGUGCCUGAGGACGAGGUGCUGGGCGGUGCGGUGGGCGAGGUAAUGGAGGCUUGGGGCCGCAUGAGUGCCGCGGUGCUGCAGGCGUUGUGCGACCACCUCGCGGCCGCGCGGGUGUAAAGCGACGUGUGUGGAGUAUGGAAUGUGGCAUGUGGGGGGUAGGACUCGUGUGUAAUGUUACGCGACGUGUGGUGCGCAGUAUGCAGGGUGUGCUUUGUAGUCUGCCAGUGUGGGGUUUUGCGACUGUUCUGGAGUGACUCGUGACGGAUCAUGAAUGCGCAGGGCUUAUUACGUGUGUGCGCAAGGCUUUGCCCUGAGCAAACGGACAAUACCACACACAAUGUACCUUAGUAUUGACCAUCGGGGGCCAUUGCGUAGUUUGGGGUAGCCCAAUGAAUGCUGGAACUCUACCUGUGGAUCUCUAGCGUAUGCAGUGCAUUAAAUCAAGGCAAAUCGUUGCUUCUUCGGCGGCAAGGAUGUGGAACUUGUUGAUUGAUGCCGAUUUGCGCCGAAGUUGACUGCGCGCAUGUAAGCCUGGGCGGGC